AUGAAUAAUGAGAGCAAAAAUGAGAAAGACGAAAACAAAAAUAAGAUGAGAGCAAUACUGAGAGAGAAUGCGGAAACGAGAAAGUUAGGACAAGGAACACAGAAUGUCUCAAGACAGGUGGCCAAGGCUCGCACAGGUGUAAACAACCAGGCUCGCACAGGUGUAAACAACCAGGCUCGCACAGGUGUAAACAACCAGGCUCGCACAGGUAUAAACAACCAGGCUCGCACAGGUAUAAACAACCAGGCUCGCACAGGUAUAAACAACCAGGCUCGCACAGGUAUAAACAACCAGGCUCGCACAGGUGUAAACAACCAGGCUCGCACAGGUAUAAACAACCAGGCUCACACAGGUGUAAACAACCAGGCUCACACAGGUAUAAACAACCAGGCUCGCACAGGUGUAAACAACCAGGCUCGCACAGGUGUAAACAACCAGGCUCGCACAGGUGUAAACAACCAGGCUCGCACAGGUAUAAACAACCAGGCUCGCACAGGUGUAAACAACCAGGCUCGCACAGGUAUAAACAACCAGCCUCGCACAGGUAUAAACAACCAGGCUCGCACAGGUGUAAACAACAAGGCUCGCACAGGUAUAAACAACAAGGCUCGCACAGGUAUAAACAACCAGCCUCGCACAGGUAUAAACAACCAGGCUCGCACAGGUAUAAACAACCAGGCUCACACAGGUAUAAACAACCAGGCUCGCACAGGUGUAAACAACCAGCCUCGCACAGGUAUAAACAACCAGGCUCACACAGGUAUAAACAACCAGGCUCACACAGGUAUAAACAACCAGGCUCGCACAGGUAUAAACAACCAGGCUCGCACAGGUAUAAACAACCAGGCUCGCACAGGUGUAAACAACAAGGCUCACACAGGUAUAAACAACCAGGCUCGCACAGGUAUAAACAACCAGCCUCGCACAGGUAUAAACAACCAGGCUCACACAGGUAUAAACAACAAGGCUCGCACAGGUAUAAACAACCAGUCUCGCACAGGUAUAAACAACCAGGCUCGCACAGGUGUAAACAACAAGGCUCACACAGGUAUAAACAACCAGGCUCGCACAGGUGUAAACAACAAGGCUCACACAGGUAUAAACAACCAGGCUCACACAGGUAUAAACAACCAGGCUCGCACAGGUGUAAACAACCAGGCUCGCACAGGUGUAAACAACCAGGCUCGCACAGGUGUAAACAACCAGGCUCGCACAGGUAUAAACAACCAGCCUCGCACAGGUAUAAACAACCAGAAUAAAAUCACAGAUGAAAAUAUUUGCAGAUAUUAUGCCAAAUGA